GCCGCGGCGGAGCGCGGGCCCGUUUCCGGCCCUCCGCGGGUGCGGGCCGGCCGGGCGGCAGCGGCGGCGGCCAUGGAUCUCUUCGGGGACCUGCCCGAGCCCGGCGCCGCCGCGGGGAAAGAUGCCCAAAAAGGGCCUCUGCUGUUUGAUGAUCUCCCACCAUCCAGCAGUGCUGACUCAGGAAAAGAAGGCUCUUUGCUCUUCGAUGGUCUCCCACCAGCCAGCAGUGGUGACCCAGCCUCCAGUGCUACUAAGCAAGUCUCAUCAGCAGAGAGCCAAGAGAAAGGGCAGAAGAGAAAGUCCUUAGAGGAGGAGGACGAGAAGAAUGGCAGGGAAGAACUUGUGGAAAAGAAAGUUUGUAAAGGAUCAGUGGGCAUUCUUGGACUGAAGGGUUAUGUGGCAGAGAGGAAAGGUGAGAGAGAAGACAUGCAGGAUGCACACGUCAUCUUGAACGACAUCACUGAGGAAUGCCGGCCUCUGCCCUCCCAAAUCACACGGGUCUCGUACUUCGCUGUUUUUGAUGGCCAUGGGGGAGUCCGAGCCUCCAAAUUUGCAGCACAGAAUCUGCACCAAAACCUGAUUAAGAAAUUUCCUAAAGGUGAGGUAGCCAGUGUGGAGAAAACUGUGAAGAGAUGUCUUUUGGACACCUUCAAACACACAGAUGAAGAGUUUCUAAAGCAGGCAUCCAGCCAGAAGCCAGCAUGGAAGGAUGGCUCCACAGCUACUUGUGUCUUAGCUGUUGACAAUAUUCUCUACAUAGCCAACCUUGGGGACAGCCGGGCCAUUCUGUGUCGUUACAACGAGGAGAGUCAGAAACACACGGCCUUGAGCCUCAGUAAGGAGCACAACCCCACCCAGUAUGAGGAGCGGAUGCGGAUACAGAAGGCUGGGGGAAACGUCAGGGAAGGGAGAGUCCUGGGAGUGCUGGAGGUUUCCCGCUCCAUUGGGGAUGGCCAGUACAAGCGCUGUGGUGUGAUCUCUGUGCCAGAUAUCAAACGCUGCCAACUCACACACAACGACAGGUUCAUUCUGAUAGCGUGUGAUGGCCUGUUUAAAGUCUUUACACCAGAAGAAGCUGUGAACUUCAUUGUGUCCUGCCUGGAGGAUAAGAAUAUCCAGAUGAGAGAGGGGAAGCUGGAAGCCGACGCUCGGUACGAGGCCGCGUGUAACAGGCUGGCCAACAAGGCAGUGCAGCGGGGCUCGGCCGACAACGUCACCGUCAUGGUGGUCCGGAUAGAGCACUGAGGGAUGAGGUGUGCUGGCUGGAAGGAGGGGAGAGGUCUGUGUGCAUGCAUGUGUGCCUGGGGGAGGGUGGGUCCUGCUGGAUGCUCUUCAGUGUAAAUAAAGAUGGCUUUUUUCUAAUAGGUUUAGCUCACUUAGUAGUAGGGUUGAAUGUCUUGGCAAAUGCAGUGAAUUCAUUUGGCAGGGGUGCUAGCAGGAGGCAUCUGGGGGCAUGAGCUCUGCCAGCUGUUUAAUGGGACAGUUCUUCUUUCCACAUCCUUGAGCUUUAUGCAAGACCCUGGGAGAGUCUGGAGUUGCAGGCCUCAGACAGACUGUACCAUGCAGACUGAGGUGCUACAGGCCACCAGCUUGGGAUUUGGUAUGAGCUUGUCUCUUCACACUGGGUAGAAAACCUGGCUCUGAAGCUGGGCUGUGAGGUUGCCUGCAGCUGAGGUACACAAACACCCCUUGCAGAGCAGCAGCAUACCUGUCCUGUGCCUGCAGAACAUGUUGGAGUUUUACCACAAUGUUGGUAUGGGAGAAGUGGCUGGAGUUUGCUCCUGAUGUUUUUUGGAAAAGGUGUUUUUACCAAAUGGACUUGCCAGGCAGCUGAGCUGCAGGCAGGCUCUGUGCUUGUCUGUGCUAUCUGAGGAGGAGGCAUCUCAGGUUUUAGGUACUAAUAAGUGUCUGGUGUCUCAUCCUGUCUCAGUGCCUCUACCAGCUGUUGCUGCAGUCGGUGUGCUGUUUUCCAGAGAAAAUUUGGCCUAAGACCAAGUGACAGGAUGAAAGCUAAAUGGAUUGGGCUACCUAGGCCCUGAAGUUUCCAAUUUCCCACUCUGUGUGUGAGGGGGGCAGGGAGGGAGGUGGGCUGAGGUGUCUGCAUUGUGGUUGCCUCCUUGCUCUGAUGAGGCACAGCUGUAGGUCCAGGGGAGGGGGGCAAGGGCAGGGUGGUGUCUGCUGUUUUGUGCAGGGUUGUGAGGCUUCCCUGGCUCCUUUCUGUUUUCUGUAUCCCUGGAACUUUGGGAGAUGGUCCCAGCUCCUGGGCUGUUUGCUGGAGCACACGGUGGCUGUCCUGUUUGGGACAGGUGGCUUGACCAUCUUACUUCUAUUUCUGCUCCAGCAGUAGUGAGUUACACUUCAUGGGCUUAGUCUGAGGGUGCACACUGACUCUGCAUCUCCUGCAGAGCACUGAGGAAGGAAGUGGCCCUCUGGCAUAGAUUUUGGGUAGUGCUUGUCCUCUGCCAGCUUGUUCUGUUCCCAACCAUUCGUGUGUAUUUUGAUGUAAGGUUGCAGUGCAGGAUAAACUGAGAGGAAAUGCCUCUCACACUCUCCUGUUUCUACUCCUGAAAGGCAAAUUUGGAGGGCCCAGACAGAGUAGCAUGGAGUUGCUUCUUUUUGUGGCAAAAUAAACCCUGAUGGCAAAA